UUUUCUUGGAUAAAGAGUUGCAUUGAAUUGAUCUUUAAAAAUUCCCCUGGGAGGCCCCUAACAAAAAGUGAGGAGUCUGGAUGUCUGGCCAUGAAGAUGCAAGUUUGACAGCUGGAACAUUGGAUACCUUGAAUGGAUAUUGUGGGCAAAAGUUUAUGUCAGUAGAAAUUUUUGACAAAAGCCAACCUAUUAGAUAUGCUUAUGGUGAGCCAAAGGUGAUGCCUGAAGUGCCUCCUGAAGGCAUUAUUACAAAGGGAGCACGUGCUGCUGAAUAUGAUAUCGUGGAAGUUGCAAAUGAAAGGAUCACACACCCAAUUUCUGAUCUAGCACCACAGGAUGGAAGGAAAAGACGAGUUGACAACUCAUCUUUGGAUAAUUCUGUUGAUUCUCAGCUAGGGAAAAGUCAGAGCAAUAAGAAAAGGAGGCAAAAAGAAAUUGCCAGUGCAAAUUUAUCUGAAGAUGCUAUUAACAAUAGUAUAACUUGGACCCGGGAUGCUGUUUGUAAGGAUGAGGAUGCAGCUGAAGAUGCAGAUGUACUUAUAAUAGACAAAAUCAUUGAAGUUUCUGAAGUGACUUGUGAAAUAACUGAUGGUGCUUUUGCUAAUCAAGAAAAACCAACGCCCGUUCAAAUUCUGAAAAGACAUCCAACCCCAAUACUGGUACAGGCAGGCAGGUUUCGGAAGUGUCAAAGGAGCAUUGUGUGGGAAAUGUUGGAAAUGGCUCCAAGUAAAGUCAGGCAACUCACAAUGCUUUAAAUAUUCUCUAUCACUCGAUGUUGUAUGGGAAUACACGGCUUUAAGUUUCAUUAUUUAAAUCAUCUCUAUGAUCAAUUUUGUGAUUUAUUGUGUGGUCUGAUUUUUCUUUUUAGUUUGGGCAUGAUGGUGUAGUGGUCUAAAUUUCUCAUAGUUGAACCUUGGAUGUCUGCGUCGAUUUGGAUUGAGUUUUCUAUGCUGCUGGUAUCACCUGCAAGUUUUGGAUGGUUUGCUAUGAAAAUUUUAGA